GGAGGUUGGGAUGCCAUGAUGUCCAUCAAUAUUGAUUGCGCCAAGUGAGAUUCCAGAUCCGAGGGAGUGGAAAUGGAUGGUCCAAAGUGAGAUCCGAACGGGUGGAAUGCGGAGUUCACGAUGCGCGCAUGUAGGCGUUGCGACCAGUGGAAACUCACUUUGGGAUGGUUUCAGGCUCUGACGCGAUGGAUCGCAAAGGUGACAGGCGCGACUCGGAACGAUUCGGUAGUGGUAUUACGAUGUCGACGACCGUCUGCGAAUACGACGCGCCGGAUUGACGGGUGUACGGUGGUGGUGCGCAGAUGGAGGUUUGCGGCAAACAAACGGAUUCGGCGCGGCGUGAUGGCGGGUGAUAGGGACCUGAUGGAUUCGGACGCGACUUUCAACGGCGAUCGCGUAGAUUCAAGAUAGUGCAACGGAUUCGAAGAUAAACAGACGGUUGUCGCCCGAGUUAAGUGAAAGGAAAUCGCGUGGUGGCGUAUGGUGGUUCUUCUGGUUGCAGAAGUCGCGGAAGGAGUUCCGUGACGGA